AUGCAGACGAAUGUGCUGACCGAGAAAAGUGACGUGUACAGCUUCGGGGUAGUGCUUAUCGAGCUGCUGACGGGGAUGAAGGCUUUGAGCUACGAUAGGCCGGAAAACGAGAUGAACCUGGCGAAUUAUUUUCUUUCAUUGAUGAGGAAAGAUCGAAAUCGGUUGUUUGAAAUUGUAGCGGAUGGUAUCGUGAGGGAGGGAGAUAAUGAGGAGCAGGUGACGAGAGUGGAUGAGCUGGCGAGGAGCUGUCUGAAUGUGAGAGGGGACGAUCGGCCGAGUAUGAAGGAGGUUGCGUUGGAAUUGGAAGGGCUGUCGGAGGAAAGCAGCAAGGAGGUGGCGUUGGAAUUGGAAGGGCUGGUUAGAGUCGGAGGAAAGCAGCCGUGGGUCGAGCCGAAGGGAUAUGAAGCCGAGUCUUUAGUUGGUGAUGGGUUUGAUAGCUUUGAGGAUUAUGAUGUUUUGGCUGUUCAGACAUAG